CUAGUAUAAAUAGAUUCAUGUAUUUCAAACUGGAAUGCACAACCCUCUCUUAAUUAUCCUUCUUCAUUCUUAAAUUAUCGCAAUGGCGAGCACUUGCAGUAAGUCUUUGUGCAGCAACUAUAUGCUGCUAAAACCAGAGGAAUGUAGUGUAUUAGACUUGAUACGUAUCUUGUUUUCCAGUAAAAUAUUGGGACCAAAUAAUUUCGUAGACUACCCUGAUCAAGAAGUGACUAAGGUAUCAUUUCCACAAAGAUGGAUAAUUUUUAUUUCCAUCCUAGCCCAAAAGAUUUUACAGUCUACUGCUAAUCCUUUGGCAGGGUUUGGCAAUGCUAUUGAGCACUGGCUUAACCUUCUAAAUGUUAACGGCGGCUUCUUCCGUCUUGUUUUCAACGCCUUAAGAGUUGUAGGAGCCGGAUAAGGAAUCAGCGACCUUCUUGUCUUUUAUUGGAAAUAUGGAUAAAAGGGUGGAGCUAGAUAAUAAGAGUGUUGAACUUGGACGGAGAAGAUACCUUGAGGCAAUAAGUAUGAUGGCUGCCAAAGCAGCUUACGAGAACAAAGCAUAUAUUGAAACUAUUGUCACGUCCUUAGUCGUUAACUAAGUACACGUGCGGCACUUUACAAUUUGCUCACGAUCUUGUACAAUUUGCUCACGUUUUUGCUAUGCCAAGUCAGCCUGACUACACUCAAGAUCGCUAAGAGAAUAUUAGAACACAAGAGAAUUGCAAAAGGAAGCUUUUGUAUUAGAGAGAACUUGAUUGUUUUGCUUGGUGAGUUUACACACUACAAAAAAACGCUGCAUUUGCGGAGGUUUUAUCUACAUAUUGCGGCGGUCAAAAACCUCCGCAAUACACUUUUACGGCGGUUUCCAAAAUCCCCGCAAUAAUGUUCGUCGCAGCCAAUUUGCGGCGGUUUUCUGAUAGACCGCCGUUAUCAUAUAGCGGCGGAUAUUUACCGGCGGUAUAACCUCCGCAAUUUAGUAGUUGGCUGUCGCUUAUUUAAACAAAUAGCGAAGGUCAGAACCCCCGCAAUAUCUUUAUUUAACCCCCACGAAUUUUAUAACACAAUAUUAUCAUAGGUUAAAUAGCGGCAGUUAUAACCUCCGUUGUUCAUUGAAUAUAUCUUUUUUCUGCAAUAGAAUGUUACUCCAUAACUGUUCCAAUUUCAAUUAUGUUAAUAUAAUGAAGCAUCAACAAAUUAUAUAA